AUGUUCGAGCACAUCAAACCUGGUCCUCCGGACCCCAUGUUCGAUCUCAAAAGGGACUCGGACAACGAUCAAAGCCCAGAAAAAGUUGAUUUGGGGGUCGGAAUAUACAGGAAUGAGUCUGGCUUGUAUCAAGAGCUGGAGGUUGUGAAGUUGAUUGCUCGCAGUAGCAAAGAGGGACAAAAAGCUGACGAAUUUGGAGCUAGGCCAAGAAAGAGCUUGACCGACAGAAUCUGGGACAUGAUGUAUGUGUCCUGUAAUAUUCUGAGCGACGAUCAUGUCUAA